AUAAUUUGCCUUCUACAGGGACUUUUCAAGCAGAAGAUGGGAGCCCAGAGCUGUGGAGCAAAGCCGCUGGACACACAGACAGAACGAUCACUCUGCACCUGUCUCUCCACCUGCUCCUGGCCCCCUCCGCACCAGGGCCAUGUCCGAAAACGACCUGCGCUUCGAGGCCCCCCACCACCGCUGGUCCCCCUCUCUCUCCGUUGCCAGCACUCAGACUCUGAGCGAACUGGACGAAGGAGUUAACCAGAACCUGAGAGAAAAAGCUGCAAAGAAGAAGGCCCCUCCUCCUCCCAGACCCCCGCCUCCCAAAUGGGAACAGUUUCAUAAAAGGAGAGCCUCGCAUCACGCCAUCUACUCCUCUCCUCAAACAGUGACAGGAGCCUUCAGCAGCCAGUCUUCAUUUGAACCAGAAACAUCCAGACAGCGCUCCUAUAGUCUGCCCCCUCGGAGAGAAGAACUCAGCUCCGCCACUACCACAUGUUCAAAGUGCUCUUGUCACCAAAAUCUACCCCAAGAUCAAAAUUUACCUCAAAGUUCAAGAAACAACCACCAAUAUCUAUCCCAAGAUCAAAAUUUAGCCCUGAAUUCAAGAAACAACCACCCAAAUCUACCCCAGGACCAGCCAGUGCCUCAAAGUUUGCACCAAAAUUUGACCGGCAACCAUCAACGAUUUCACCAGACUCAAGAUAUUCAGCGCUAUAGCCAAGUCCCUCCCACUCAAGUUCAAAAUUCUGUCUCCGCCAAUCAGAUUCAAUCCUCUCAUGAAUUGUCCAAUCAUAGCCGGCCUUACCAUCACAUCCCAACCAAUCAAAUUCAAGCUCCUCGUGUGUUGCCGAGUUACAGACAGCUUCAGGAAGUCUCGCCAGCCAAUCAGAUUCAACCGUUGUCGGAUUCCUCCAGUGAAAUCCAACCAUCUCAUGUACAACAUCUAUCAGCCUAUAAACAGCCCACCUACGUCCCACCGGCCAAUCAGCUGCCUCCACUUCAGCUCUCGUCCAAUCAGCUGCAAGAACCUCUCUUCAACAUAGCGCCCCCUAGCCCCAUGUUCUCGCGACGCGGCUUUAGGCCAGUUGCGCCGCCUCAGUGGAACAACAGGGGAAGUGCCAGUGACGAGAUAGAAGAGUUUCCACCUCCUCCUCCACCUGUCGCGGAUGACUUGGAAGACAGUUUUUCCGACUCAGAGACCAACCUAAACCAUGAGCAAAUGACCACAACCCAACCAUUGCACAGGCACGCAGCUGAAUGGGAAAGAACUACAUCUCCCAGGAUUCACAGCGAGACCCCUCCUUCCCCUCCUCCCCCUCCUCCUCCUCCACCUCCUCCUGUUUUUCAGAAUGGAAAUCCAGAAACUCCUGUGUCUUUUAGCGUACAACAAAACCACAAUUUGAAAUCCGAAUGUGAAACUUUUAACAAUGUAAACGGCAUGAUCGAAGCAAAAAACAUCGAAAUCGAAUCAGAGACGACUUUAAGUCCAGCUCAAAGUUUAGAGGCCGAUUUGGAAGCGUUGCCAUUGGAGACGGACAUCGACGAUUUCCAGGAGGAGGCACUUCCUGUGGUGAACGAGCCAAUCGACAGCGAGCUCCCAUGCUUGGCUCUCCCAGUGACGGUGCUGGAGACAGACUUGGACACUUUACCCGAGCACGAGGCCUCUCCUUUGGGUACAGCUCGGCCGGACAGCAGCCUCCUGGAAGAAGAGCUGGAGGUUCGGGAGGAGGGGAGCCUUGAGGAGAUCUUCCCCCAGAGUAGUGAGGGUGAAUCAGGCACGGAAAGCUGGAGAGAGGCCUCCCAAAGCACGGAGCACAACACCGACAGUCUGGACAGGCGCUCUGGUACGAGCUCGAGCUGCUCAUCUUAUUACAGCACGUCCACAGCCAAAGCUCAGCUUCUGUCACAGAUGAAGGACUUCACCGAGGAGAGAGAGAACCAGGACGAACUCAUGUACAAGAAGCAGCUGAUGGAGAGUCUGAGGAAGAAGUUGGGAGUUUUGAGAGAGGCUCAGAGAGGACUUCAGGAGGACAUCAGAGCCAAUGCACAACUAGGAGAAGAGGUGGAGGCAAUGGUGGUGUCAGUGUGUAAACCCAAUGAGGUGGAUAAGUUCAGGAUGUUCAUCGGAGACUUGGACAAAGUGGUCAGUCUGAUGCUGUCUCUGUCUGGACGCCUGCUCAGAGUGGAGACAACUCUGGACACGCUGGACUCCCAGAGUGACCACGAGGAGAGGCUCCCCCUACAGGAGAAGAAACGUCAGCUCAUGCGUCAGUUGUCAGAGGCUCAGGACUUAAAGGAGCAUGUGGAUCGCAGAGAGCAGGCUGUGAGCCGAGUCCUAGGGCGCUGUCUGAGCCCGGAGCAGCACAGAGACUACAGUCACUUUGUGAAGAUGAAGGCAGCUCUCCUGGUGGAGCAGAGGCAGCUGGAGGAUAAGAUCCGUUUGGGAGAGGAGCAGCUCCGAGGGCUCAGGGAGAGUCUGGGUCUGGGGAUGGGGGCGGGGUUUGGGUUAGCGAUGGGCUACGGGCAGUACUGACGCCUGCAGCCAGGGGGCGACUCCUACACCGCACUGAGAGAUAGAACCAGGGCAAAAUAACACAGUGGUUCACCAGCUUUUCACACAAAAGAUUUGACUUUUCUUUUACCAUCACAUCUAAACCAGGUCUAUAACCGGACUAUUCCAAGUCUAAUGUAGGACAAAACCAGGUCUAAAAGUGGACUACGUCAUUUCUGCUGUCCAAGUACCACAGAGCUUGCUUACCACAGUUUGAGAAACAUUAAACUGAUGUAUUUGACUAAGAUGUCUGCAAUAAAUGAAUAAAGAAGGUCCAAACAUAAUAUCUCAUCUCACAUUAAACAAAAACUGGCACAAAGUUUGUCUUGUAUGCCACCUAAACUCCGCCCACAACCACAUUUCAAACACAGCUGCUAACCCGGGAAGUACCUGGAGGACUAAAGAAGAGAAAGAGAGGAGAAGGAGCAGGGUCUGGAGGUAUAACAAACUGUGUGAUUGGUUGGAACAGGUAUCCACAUUUUAAACUCCGCCCCCUGCAGAAAAAUGGACAGAAUGAUCUGGAAAUAAGAGUGAACUUUUCUACUGAGGAGGAGCUGACGACACGAAGAAUGACAUUUUUACACUGAUGGGAACUUCAGAAGGACUUUUACUCAGACUUGACAUCUUAGUGGCCAAAACAACUUAUUUUUGAUCGUAUUUAAAGUGUAUAGUCAAAAUGACUCUGAAUAUUCACUGAUCUUUAAAGCCACAAUAUGUAACUUUUUCAUUUUGUUGACACAAACGCAGGACCAGGAAUAGAACAGAACAUCAAAACUAAACCAGGACUAUACCAAUAUGUAACUUUUUUGCCAAAAAAAUACAUUAAAAUGUUUUUUUAAUUUUUGUGUGUAUUGCACUGACAAAUUUCUUGUACCCUUAUUCUGAGUGGGCUUGCAUCUCCACAAACCUGACUCUUAUUAUCUGGGGAAGGGCCACUUCCUGCUGUUUUCCAUGGAAUUUCAGUUUCUUUGCCUGUAGUCUUCCACAGUAAGACAAAAAAGGUAUCUAUCUCUAUGGAGAAUGUUCUGGAGUAUGACUCGUUUUCCAUGGAAUUAUGCAGGUGACUCACAACUGCCGGGAAAUUACAUACUGUGGCUUUAAUAUUUGAAGUUUUACAUAUAAAACGAUGACUAGUUCAAUGAUGCCCAGUGCUGAGAAUUUUUUUCCUGCGAAACUCUAAAUAUGUCUUAAAACCUUUAUCACUGUAGCUGAUUCUUGUAUUCACCACAUUUACAUUGCCAAAGACACUACUCGCUUUGUUGUUGUUUUUUUAAUCGCUGCUUAAAUAUUUUGGUGCUUCAUUUUCAGUUUUUACAUUUUUUUGAAGUUGUAUUAACCGAUAUUUUUGCUUUAUUUGUAUUUUAUGAAUGUUGCGGGACGACAAGCCUGCCUCUGUUUCCACAUUUGACUCAAACAUUAUUUUCUGAUUGUUUUUAAACGUUACUGUAACUGCUCGAGUGGAGUUUGACACUUCACACUUUUGUACAAACUUGUGUUGUAUUUUUGAAUUGUACAUCCCUUUGUGUAUAUUUGAAAAGACUAGAUUUGAAUGUAAAAAUAUGACAAAAAGUACCAGAAUGAUUGCAUUUAUUGUAUAUUUUGACAAGGACCUAAUGUUGAUCUGAAAUUUGCUGAAAACUGUUAAAAAUUUUUCCAAAUAAGUUCAGAUUUGCAAAAAGUUUUGGGAUCUUAUACGUUCCCAAUUGGUUAAAUUUUCUCUCUAAAAAUUACAGAUAUGUUUUAUAUUUUUGGUAUUAUUUGGUUGUACAUUUAUUUGUAGAGAAUUGACCAUUGCAAAAUUAUGUAGACCAAAUAAAUAUUGUCAGUUGACCUAAAGCUGCACUAUGUAACUUUUCUGGUGGAGAUAUUGCUCAAAAACAUCAAAAACCUCCCUGAAGUUCUGUUUCAUUCACACGUGUUUAACACACAAACCCUGCAUAUUUAAACUGAGAUCUUAUCUUCGCAAACAGACAACGCAUCACACUGUUUCACCUUGUGAUGUGAUGUGGUAAAACAGAGCAUGCUCCACUGUGUUUUUAAAUUCCAUAACCCUUCAGUAUACAAUCAUUAAGAUGAUUUCAGCCCUGGAAUUGCCAGUUUCUACUGAACCAAAGGUAAAAGGAGCUGUUAACUUAAAAACUACCACUUCAUGACAUCACAAGGGUGAACGGGCUGAUAAUAGAUGAUACUUAAACAUGUAAAUGAACCAAAACACAACUCCCAAGUUUUUGAUGAGGUGACAUUAUAACAUGGAUUAAGCUCAGAAAAAUCCAUUUUGUGUAAUUUAGGACCUUUAAAUAUUGUUGGACCUGGCCCUUUUUGCAUUUUAAAGAAGAAUUUUAAAGAAAAAAAUGUUUAAAUUCCAGUUCUUGUAAUUUUAUCAAAAUACUAAAGACUCGUCCAUAUCUUGUUGUUUAAUUUGUACAUAUUUUUAUUGAAUUUUCACCAAACUGGCAGAACUGAAGUUGCUCGAAAGUGAAAUUGUUAAGUAAGUUUGAUGUUGUUUUGUAAAAUGACUUCCUUUUUUAUAACUGCAAAAAAUGUGUACAGAGAAAAAAAAAAACAUAAAUGAUAAUAAUAGUAUUUUAAACAAGCCUGAA